GCUUGCUUUACAAAAGACAAAGUGGAAACAAGAAGCCAUUUCGUGUGUACAAGGUGCAACUUAAGCUCUAUCUAACAAGUGCUGGGAGGGAUACUGAUUUAAAAAAAAGAAAAGAUGUCUCAAAGUGGCCUUCAUCUGAUUACUUUUGCUUUUGUGACUGUGUUGUACGUCUGCAUGGUCACAAGUGUUUCAGGCUCCACUGCAGAAAACAAUGGGACCAACCCGGAUUUUACUCCCUCUGAUCAUUUAUCAAACAAAACGGUGGAAGAAUCUGGCUUGAAUCAUGUGAAUGAUACUGAGACAGUAAACACAACCAUACAGCUGCAUGAGGGCACUCUGAACACCUCCACUAGCCCAGACACACCACUUUCUUCCAGUAACAACAGCACACAUGGAGAUGAUCUCAAAGACGAUACCAUCUUUGGAAAAAGCACGGACUCUAUCACCACGAAAUCUAUCACCACGAAAUCUAUCACCACAAAAUCUAUCACCAUGACAUCUCCCAAUGGAGGAGAUGACAGAAGUGGUAAAGCUGCAGGGAUCUUCUUUCUCAUCUUCAUCCUCAUUAUCAUUAUCGUCCUUGCUGUCAUUUUGUACAUUCUUUGGAAGAAAGGAAAGAGAUACUCCUUUGACCUGACGAAUGGCGAGCAUGACACUCCCCUCCGGAGUAUAGAGCCCAUAGGAACCUUUGAACAAACCAAAGGAUCUUCUACGAAUCUGGAUUACAUUCAGGAAGACAGUCCGAACAAAAAUAGUCCUGUAGCCAAUGGAUGUUCUGGAGAGAUGCCUGAGCAGACACCGUACUCUGAGCAGCAGAAUGUUGCAGAAGAGAACAGCUUCACGUCUGAUUUGAGUCUGAAUUCUCCAGUGAAGAAGGUAGAGUUUAAUCUGGAGUUGGAGCUGAUUGGUGGAGAAUCUGAACUAACGAAACAAGCCACAAAUGAAACUACAGACAAUGACAACGAAAACAACAACAAUGACACAAACACUGGGAAUGAUUCUGCGGACCUCUUUACUGAAAUUAGCUUGGAUGACACACAGUAAAACCCAGACACUCUUUGCAGACCAGGGAAUUUACACUGCAAAAGCCUGUCCCUUAUUCCCAAUAGAUAUUGUUUCAAUUUUUGUUAUAAAUUCUUAUGAAUGACAAGUAUAAUAAGUGAGAAAUGCUUUUCUGUACUCUAUUACAAUAAUUAUAAAUACUCACUUACAAUGGCCCCUGGUUGCUUGGGGACAUAAGCAACUGCUUCAGCUGCAUUCAGCCUAGCAGGUGAAAAGUCGCUCAUGUUGCUUGUAGUUUGUCUGUUGUGGGCAUGGAGCAAGCGCUAUUGUUGUUGCUUGUGGGCAAUUACCAUCCAUACCAGCAAUUUUAGUUCCUAUGAGAAAUGCUACAAUGCAUGAUUUACCACUCUGGAAUGUAUUUAAAGUACCACAUUUCAUUUAAAAUUAUAUAAUACUAAUCUCUGCUACUUUCUUCCAAGCUUUAUUUUUCUUCAUAAUGUCUCUAUACACAUUUAAUGAGAGGUUGUACAUAUGGCAGGAUACAAAAAACAAAACAAAACAUUUUUUCCAAGUCAAGCAGUACAUAGGAACUAAUUACAAGUAGGAGCUAAGUCAUGAGUGGGGAACUGAAUAAAGAAAAAAAAAAGAAUUUUGUAACCACAUUCACCAUACUAUUGCUGAGAGGAAUAACUUGAGCCAAUAGUUUGGAUGUCAUUUUACAGAGUUAUGCCUAAUUUGCAUCAAGUUCAAACUAUCAGCUCACAUGCUGCUUUGUUGCUGCUGUUGUUCACUGCUGCAUUACUGUUGUACAUUGCACAUUGCUGAACCUGUCGCUUUGUUGCCCACUAGUGUGAAUGCAUGGUAAUACUGCUUGCCACUAUGAACAACCCUGACCAAGACCAUAUCCAUUUAAAACCAAUUCAGUGUUACGUAUUUUUCAAAAGAACAUGAGACAUGACACCAAUGAGUCACCUUACACAUACUCUCUGAACAUGUAAACAUUUAUUUCUGUAUUUUUUAUAAAUAUAUGUACAGUGGUGCUUGAAAGUUUGUGAACCCUUUAGAAUUUUCUAUAUUUCUGCAUAAAUGUGACCUAAAACAUAAUCAAAUUUUCACACAAGUCCUAAAAGUAGAUAAAGAGAACCCAGUUAAACAAAUGAGACACAAAUAUUAUACUUGGUCAUUUAUUUAUUGAGGAAAAUGAUCCAAUAUUACAUAAUCUGUGGUUGGCAAAAGUAUGUGAACCUUUGCUUUCAGUAUCUGGUGUGACCCCCUUGUGCAGCAAUAACUGUAACUAAACAUUUCUGGUAACUGUUAAUCAGUCCUGCACACUAGAGGAAUUUUAGCUCAUUCCUCCAUACAGAACAGCUUCAACUCUGGGAUGUUGGUGGGUUUCUUCACAUGUACUGCUCACUUCAGGUCCUUCCACAACAUUUCAAUUGGAUUAAGGUCAGGACUUUGACUUGGCCAUUCCAAAACAUUAACUUUAUUCUUCUUUAACCAUUCUUUGGCAGAACGACUUGUGUGCUUAGGGUCAUUGUCUUGCUGCAUGACCCACCUUCUCUUGAGAUUCAGUUCAUGGACAGAUGUCCUGACAUUUUCCUUUAGAAUUUGCUGGUAUAAUUCAGAAUUCAUUGUUCCAUCAAUGAUGGCAAGCCGUCCUGGCCCAGAUGCAGCAAAACAGGCCCAAACCAUCGUUACUACCCCCACCAUGUUUCACAGAUGGGAUAAGGUUCUUAUGCUGGAAUGCGGUGUUUUCCUUUCUCCAAACAUAACGCUCCUCAUUUAUACCAAAAGUUCUAUUUUGGUCUCAUCCAUCCACAAAACAUUUUUCCAAUAGCCUUCUAUAUACAUGAGCUUUAGCAGACUGCAGACGAGCAGCAAUGUUCUUUUUGGAGAGCAGUGGCUUUCUUCUUGCAACCCUGCCAUGCACACCAUUGUUGUUCAGUGUUUUCCUGAUGGUGGACUCAUGAACAUUAACAUUAGCCAAUGUGAGAGAGGCCUUCAGUUGCUUAGAAGUUACCCUGGGGUCCUUUGUGACCUCGCGGACUAUUACACGCCUUGCUCUUGGAGUGAUCUUUGUUGGUCAACCACUCCUGGGGAGGGAAGCAAUGGUCUUGAAUUUCCUCCAUUUGUACACAGUCUGUCUGACUGUGGAUUGGUGGAGUCCAAACUCUUUAGAGAUGGUUUUGUAACCUUUUCCAGCCUGAUGAGCAUCAACAACGCUUUUUCUGAGGUCCUCAGAAAUCUCCUUUGUUCGUGCCAUGAUACACUUCCACAAACAUGUGUUGUGAAGAUCAGACUUGGAUAAAUCCCUGUUCUUUAAAUAAAACAGGGUGCCCACUCACACCUGAUUGUCAUCCCAUUGAUUGAAAACACCUGACUCUAAUUUCACCUUCUAAUCAACUGUUAAUCCUAGAGGUUCACAUACUUUUGCCACUCACAGAUAUGUAAUACUGGAUCAUUUUCCUCAAUAAAUAAAUUACCAA